AAGUCUUGCCCCCCAAGAUGCAAGUUCACCGCUUUCUCUGCGGAAUUCUUUUAUACUUCAGUUUAUUAGGGGUAUUUUCCCAAGAUGUAUCCAAUGUGCCAACUGAACCUACUGCAUCCCCCAUAGCGGACAAAGAGGCUCCUAAAAAUACCAAACCAGAGGCGUCGGGUUCAUCCAAGUGCAAGUCCAACGAAAUUCUUUCCGAAAAUGGCUGCGUAAACCGCGAUAACUUUCUGAACAAGAUCAUAUUGAGUUCCUGGAAGGACGCAGGCUUCGGCAAGGCCAAGGCAAGAGCUGGCCUGGUCGACGUGAUGCAGUGCAAGGAGGAUGAGGUGAGGACUCUCUUUGGCUGCUCGAAGCUACCGUUUCCACCGCACAGGGAUUCAAAUCGAGUGCCAAUGCACCACAGCAGACUAGAUGGCGCACGGAUUGUGCACGACAAGGGUAUUUUUAAACUGUAUCACCAUGUGGAUGAUAGUGAACGAAAACCCAUUCGGAAACCUAGAGAGUCCGGACCUCCGAUUACUGGGCACAAUCGCCCACGAAAGUACGUAUUCUUGCCGGGAAGGAGUAUUAGAAAGGGACACAAAUGCCGGGCUAAUGAGGUCCUGGGAAGAAGGAGUCGCUGCAUUCAGAGAAAACGGUCAGUAGGGCAAACCCAACACCAAACAAACGAAAACGAAAGGCGGAAAUAAACUACAUAAACUACAGAAUAUUACACCGUUCCAAUAAUAAAAAAUGUUGCAUG